AUGUCGAUGUCCGACCUACCCCCCAAAGACAUGGAGGUGCAGCUUCCUCGUCCGACUAGGGUUAAGAGCAAAACCCCAGCCCCAAUUCAGAUCACUGCCGAGCAAAUUCUCCGGGAAGCCAGAGAGCGUCAGGAGGCUGAAAUCCGGGCGCCGAAGCAGAAAAUCACCGACCACAUUGAACUCGAUGAUUAUCGACUCCGCAAGCGCAAGGAGUUUGAGGAUCUAGUCCGCCGUGUCAGACGGGGUGUGAAAGUUUGGGUCAAGUAUGCAGAGUGGGAGGAAUCACAGAAGGAUUUAAGACGCGCACGGUCGGUGUGGGAGCGAGCGCUGGAGGUCGACUACCGGAACCACUCUAUAUGGCUCAAGUACGCCGAGUUCGAGAUGAAGAACAGGUGCAUCAACCAUGCCAGGAACGUCUGGGACCGUGCCGUUACUCUGCUUCCAAGAGUGGACCAGCUGUGGCUCAAGUACAUCCACAUGGAGCGUAUGCUCGGCAAUGUGGCCGGUGCCAGGCAGAUUUUCGAGAGAUGGAUGUGUUGGAUGCCGGACCAGGAGGCAUGGUUUUCUUACAUCAAUUUCGAGCUCAGUUUCAACGAGGUUGAGCGUGCCAGAGCCAUUUUCGAGCUCUUCGUUCAGUGUCACCCUAACGCUGAAGCUUGGAUUCGCUACUCUAAAUUUGAGAUGAAGAAUGGAGAUAUUGAUAGGUGUAGGAAUGUAUAUUCGAGGGCUGCCGAUCAAUUAGCACCUGACCCUGAAGAAUCACACAAGCUCUAUCUUGCGUUCGCUCAAUUCGAAGAGCUGAGCAACGAACCUGAGCGCGCUAGGUGUAUCUAUAAUUUCGCACUCCAUCAUGUACCCAAGGAUAAAGCUGAAAAUUUGAAUAAGAAAAUUAUGGAGUUUGAGAAGCAGUAUGGAUCUGAGGAACAGAUUGAGGAUGCUAUGGUGAGGGAGAAGCGCAUUGUAUGUGAGCGUAAAGUCAGGAAAAAACCUCUCAAGUAUAACAAUUGGUUUCGUUACAUUCAGCUUGAAGAAAGCGUGGGCAAUAAGGACAGAAUCAGGGAAGUUUAUGAGCGAGCAAUUGCUAAUGUUCCUCCAGCUAACGAUAAGCGGGGUUGGGAUCGUUACAUUUACUUAUGGAUUAAAUAUGCAUUGUACGAGGAGCUUGACGCUGAAGACAUGGAACGUACAAGAGACGUGUAUAGGGAGUGCCUAAAACUGAUCCCUCACAAAAAAUUCUCCUUUGCAAAGUUAUGGAUUCUUGCUGCCCAAUUUGAAAUACGACAGCUCAAUCUCAAGGGUGCACGACAAAUACUUGGAAACGCAAUUGGAAUUGCUCCUAAAGAUAAGAUAUUUAAGAAAUAUAUAGAGAUUGAAUUACAAUUGGGAAACAUAGACCGGUGUAGAAAAUUAUACGAGAAGUAUCUGGAGUGGGCACCAGAGAACUGCUAUGCAUGGAGCAAGUAUGCGGAGUUGGAAAUAUCUUUAUGUGAGUCAGAGCGAGCAAGAAGUAUGUUCGAGCUUGCUAUUGCUCAACCAGCUCUUGACAUGCCAGAAUCACUUUGGAAGACAUACAUUGAUUUUGAAAUAUCAGAGCAUGAAUUCGAAAGAGCCAGAGACUUGUACGAGAGAUUGUUAAACCGUACAAAACAUGUGAAGGUCUGGAGUAGCUAUGCCAAAUUUGAAGCAUCUGUUGUGAAGGAAACUGAUUUGGGAGAGCAAAAGAAACAGUGCGUUUUACGUUCAAGAAGAGUUUUUGAGAAAGCAGUAAACUACUAUAAAUCAGCUCUUCCCGAAUUAAAAGAGGAAAGAGCGAUGCUUUUAGGAGAAUGGAUGGAUAUGGAGGUUAGCUUUGCUGAUUUAGGUGAUACCAGCUUUGUUCAAACUAAGUUGCCCAAAAAGCUCAAAAAGAGAAGGCGAAUAGUAGCUGAAGAUGGUCCUGUUGGAUAUGAGGAAUACAUUGAUUACUUAUUCCCUGAGGAAAUGGAAACACAAACCGCAAAUAUGAAGAUAUUGGAAGCUGCGUACAGGUGGAAGAAGCAAAAACUUUGUUCUGAUAAGGAGGAGAGGGUUUUCUCUGUUGAGGAUUAGACUGGCACUGGCACUUGUCCAUAACCAUAGCCGUUAA